AUGGUGCAUGAGCACAGAAAACACUCCACAGCAACAGAAAAGCUUGUUGUCACCAAGGCAGUGGGCAUAUACGGGAUAGAUGAUGAAGCAUCAAUAACAAGAUACAUCACAGCAAUGUACUCGUAUAUCCAUCCAAGGAAGUGGAAGCAGAUAUACAGAGACGUGCUUGACACAUACAGGGCGCAUGGAUACACAUCCCCUGUUGACUUUUGCGAGGACCUGAGAUUCAAUGCAGCAAAAAGGGUGUAUGCAGAGAAAGACAGGCUUAGGGCAAGCAUUCUUAACGGGCAGUGCAUCAGAUACAUCGAGACAAGUAUGGAGUAUGACUGGAAUAUAGGAGAGAUCGGCAGGCUAAAAAAAGUGCCAAACGAAGGUGCUCCGAGCCAGGAGCUGGACAGCAAGCAGCUGUGCUCAGCCGUGGACCCACACAUAAUGAAACAGCAUGUUGAUGCAAUGAACAAGCAGAGCGCAAGAGCCAGCACAGCUGUCUUCAGAGUCGCCCAGAAAACAAGCAAAUACGAAAGUGCAACCACCAGCGAUAAGGAAAAGAAAAGGGUGUACUAUAGGAUGUCCGAUCAGGAGAGGGAACUCGACGACUUCAUGGACAAGCUUGAAGAGGAUCAAUACGUUACUACAAGCCCGUUCGAAAUACCACCCAGCAGGCUGAAAGGAAAAUAUCCAAUAGUCAAGAGCAUUGCCAGUCCAGGCAUUGUAAAUACUGCCAAAGACAAGAAAGACUAG